CCGAGCGGGGUCUCCCCCAUGGUGCAGCGGGGUUCGGGAUGUCGAAGACACUGAAGAAGAAGAAGCACUGGCUCAGCAAGGUGCAGGAGUGCGUGGUGUCCUGGGCCGGGCCCCCGGGCGACUUGGGCGCGGAGAUCCGGGGCGGUGCGGAGCGCGGCGAGUUCCCCUACCUGGGGCGGCUCCGCGAAGAGCCUGGCGGGGGCACCUGCUGCGUCGUCUCGGGCAAAGCACCCAGCCCCGGGGAUGUGCUGCUGGAGGUGAACGGGACGCCUGUCAGCGGACUCACCAACCGGGACACACUGGCUGUCAUUCGCCACUUCCGCGAGCCCAUUCGUCUCAAGACUGUGAAGCCUGGCAAAGUCAUUAAUAAAGAUCUGCGACAUUACCUGAGUCUCCAGUUUCAGAAAGGAUCCGUUGACCACAAACUGCAGCAAGUGAUCAGAGAUAAUCUCUACUUGAGAACCAUUCCAUGCACCACAAGGGCCCCCAGGGAUGGGGAAGUCCCAGGGGUGGACUAUAAUUUCAUUUCUGUUGAACAAUUCAAAGCACUGGAAGAGAGUGGAGCGUUAUUAGAAAGUGGAACGUAUGAUGGAAACUUCUAUGGAACUCCCAAGCCUCCAGCAGAACCCAGCCCUUUCCAGCCCGAUCCUGUGGACCAGGUCCUCUUUGAUAAUGAGUUUGACACAGAAUCCCAAAGAAAACGCACGACAUCUGUCAGCAAGAUGGAAAGGAUGGACAGCUCUCUUCCUGAAGAGGAAGAAGAUGAGGACAAGGAAGCUGUUAAUGGCACUGGAAAUGCAGAAAGCAGAGAGAGGCAUUCUGAGUCAUCCGACUGGAUGAAGACCGUCCCGAGUUACAACCAAACCAAUAGCUCCAUGGACUUCAGAAAUUAUAUGAUGAGAGACGAGAAUCUGGAACCACUGCCCAGAAACUGGGAAAUGGCCUACACAGACACGGGGAUGAUCUACUUCAUAGACCAUAAUACCAAAACGACCACCUGGUUGGAUCCUCGUCUUUGUAAGAAAGCCAAAGCCCCCGAGGACUGUGAAGACGGAGAGCUUCCCUAUGGCUGGGAGAAAAUAGAGGACCCUCAGUACGGGACGUACUAUGUUGAUCACCUUAACCAGAAAACCCAGUUUGAAAACCCGGUGGAGGAAGCCAGGAGGAAAAAGCAGUCAGGACAGGCCGAUACUGGCUCUUCAAAACCAGAUACGGAAAAAUCCCACUUCACGCGUGAUCCAUCCCAGCUUAAAGGCAUCCUUGUUCGAGCAUCACUGAAAAAAAGCACAAUGGGCUUUGGUUUCACCAUCAUCGGCGGAGACAGGCCUGAUGAGUUCCUGCAAGUGAAAAACGUGCUGAAGGAAGGUCCCGCCGCCCAGGAUGGGAAAAUCGCACCAGGUGAUGUUAUUGUAGACAUCAAUGGCAACUGUGUCCUUGGUCACACCCAUGCAGAUGUUGUCCAGAUGUUUCAGUUGGUACCUGUCAAUCAGUACGUAAACCUCACUUUAUGCCGUGGUUAUCCACUCCCGGAUGACAACGAAGACCCUGUGGACAUUGUUGCUGCUACUCCCAUCAUCAAUGGACAGUCAUUAACCAAGGGAGAGACUAGCGUGAACACUCAGGAUUUUAAGUCAGGAGCAGUGGUUCUGGACCAGAAUGGAAAAUCAGGACACCUCUUGGUCAGUGACCGUCUCAAUGGGCCAUCAGAUGCAAGCGAGCAGAGAGCGUCCAUGGCAUCGUCGGGCAGUUCCCAGCCUGAACUAGUGACUGUCCCUCUGGUCAAGGGCCCUAAAGGCUUUGGGUUUGCAAUUGCUGACAGCCCCACUGGACAGAAGGUGAAAAUGGUGUUGGAUAGUCAGUGGUGUCCAGGCCUACAGAAAGGGGAUAUAAUUAAGGAAAUUUACCAUCAGAAUGUGCAGAAUCUAACCCACCUCCAGGUGGUAGAGGUGCUAAAGCAGUUUCCGGCAGGUGCGGACGUGCCCUUGCUUAUUUUACGAGGAGGUCCUCCUUCACCAACCAAAACUGCCAAAAUGAAAACUGAUAAAAAGGAAAAUUCAGGAAGUUUGGAGGCCGUAGAUGAGCCCGUUCCCCGGCCCAUGCCUUUCCCACCCAGCAUCAUCAGGUCAGGGUCCCCGAAACCGGAUCCUUCCGAGGUCUACCUGAAGUCUAAGACUUUGUAUGAAGAUAAACCGCCAAACACCAAAGAUUUGGAUGUUUUUCUUCGGAAACAGGAAUCGGGGUUUGGCUUCAGGGUGCUAGGAGGGGAUGGACCGGACCAGUCGAUAUACAUCGGGGCCAUCAUCCCUCUGGGCGCAGCGGAGAAGGACGGCCGGCUCCGUGCGGCUGAUGAACUGAUGUGCAUAGACGGCAUUCCUGUUAAAGGGAAGUCCCACAAGCAGGUCCUAGACCUGAUGACGACUGCAGCUCGCAACGGCCACGUGUUGCUAACUGUCAGAAGGAAGAUCUUCUAUGGAGAAAAGCAGCCCGAGGAUGACAGCUCUCCAGCCUUCCUUCCGACACAGGACGGGUCUCCGCGCCUGAACCCCGCGGAAGCCCCAGCCAGGCCGGCGCCCCGAGAGGCCUAUGAUGUCAUCUUGCAACGAAAGGAGAAUGAGGGCUUUGGCUUCGUCAUCCUCACCUCCAAAAACAAGCCGCCCCCAGGAGUUAUUCCUCAUAAGAUCGGCCGAGUCAUCGAGGGCAGCCCCGCGGACCGCUGUGGGAAGCUGAAGGUCGGAGACCACAUCUCCGCGGUGAACGGGCAGUCCAUCGUGGAGCUGCCCCACGACAACAUCGUGCAGCUGAUCAAGGACGCUGGCAUCGCUGUCACGCUGACGGUCGUGGCCGAGGAAGAGCAUCAUGGUCCACCAUCAGGAGCAAACUCAGCCAGGCAAAGCCCAGCCCUGCAGCACAGGCCCAUGGGGCAGUCACAGGCCAACCAUGUACCCGGGGACAGUGAGGUUGGGAAAGACGUGUCCGCUUCUUACCGACACUCCUGGUCUGACCACAGGCACCUCGCGCAGCCCGACUCGGCCGCCAUCUCCGUCGGCGGCCGGCACAACCAGAGCCUGGGCUGUUACCCGGUGGAGCUGGAGCGAGGCCCCCGGGGCUUCGGGUUCAGCCUGCGAGGAGGGAAGGAGUACAACAUGGGGCUGUUCAUCCUGCGCCUGGCCGAGGACGGGCCCGCGCUCAAGGACGGCCGCAUUCACGUUGGUGACCAGAUUGUUGAAAUCAAUGGAGAACCCACGCAAGGCAUCACACACACCCGCGCGAUUGAGCUCAUUCAGGCCGGCGGAAAUAAAGUCCUCCUCCUUUUGAGGCCAGGAACUGGCUUGAUCCCGGACCAUGGUGACUGGGACAUCACUCACCCCUCAUCCUCCCGUGUGAUCUACGAUGAGCAGUCGUCGGCCCCGCCCUCCCGUCCUGCUUCCACGCUCGAAGGGCCGCACGUGCCAGGGGCCGGAGAAUCUUUCGUGAGAGCUCAGGUGUGUGAAGAGGCAGAAGGAUUCAAGGACACUGUGCCUGGAAAGAAAAGCACUUUAAGUCAGUCUGAUCUGAAGCAUCCGUCUCUUCCCCAGAAAGAUGUGAGGAAAAGGGACCCACCCCACAGCCAUGGGCACAGUGACAAGAAAAAUGUCUCAAACGUAGAAAAUGGUAUAACCCAGAGAGGUAGGUCUGCGAGUCCCAAAAAGUCAACCAGUCGCUAUGCAGAGGAGCGUUCAGAAAAGGUUCUCAGUCCCCUCAAAAAUGAUCCCAACAGAAGACCGAGGGACCGAUCAGCCAGCCCGCGGAAAGGUUCUGGGCAGGAUCGCGCCGGAAGCAGGGGCCGCUCUGCCAGCCCGAGGAAGCAGCAGCGAACCGAAGGAAGUCAAGACCAGGCCAGCGCUGAAGCCAGACUCCUGGAGAGCCAGCGAGCAGGGGCCCGAGCCGGUGACAGCGCGGAGCAGACCGCGGACGGGAAAGAAAAAUCGGGUGUGAUCAGGAAAGAGACAAAGCAGACUCAGUCUGGAAAAAACAGAACAAGGUCUCCGGAGAAAAAAAGCAAGAGAAUAGAUGAAAAGUCUCUUCCGUCCAAAAAGACCAGUAACGCUACUAGUAGAGUCGUGUCAGAAAAGAAGCUGAAGCCAGACCCUGAGGAGAGAGUUGUCCCCCAAACGGAAGACGACAGGGGGAGCGAGCGAGAGGCGGCUGACACACACAGGGAGGGUGGCGGGGUCAGGCCCGAGCGUGGCUCUCCAGCCAGGAAGGCACCGAUAACCCCAGGGCCCUGGAAGGUGCCCAGUGCCGGCAGAGCCACUGGCACAGCCGGUGUGGCCGAGAAACGGCUGUGACCUUCAGCAUAAAGCAAAAACAAGCUGUAACCUUUCCUUGUAAAAUGCAGCAUUUUCCCCCCCAAAGUCAUUUUUUUUUUCAGAAAUUCUGAAAUACAUGUAAGUACAUUUUGAUUUGAUCAUCACGUUACGUAGGCUGAAGGAAGGGCCUUCGGGUUUGCUAAGAAGCCCCUGCCCCCGGCUGGCUGCCCUCCACCACGCUCACGGAUGCGCCCAGCCCGUCCUCAUGGCGUCUGAACCAGUGUGGUCACAACUCACUUGAUUACUGUGCCAAGGUAGCUACUGUAACUGUCUGUGUUGACCUCGCUCAGGUAGCCCCGCAGCCAUGGAGGAGAGGUGUGGAAGCUGACCCUCUGCACCGCACGCGCAUGUCCAGAGAGCUGGGGUCCCUGCAGCAGAGGGGGCUCCGCAGCUCGGCCUGCAGGGUGG